AUGCACUGUCGCGCGAAGCACGGCUACGAGAAAACUGACAAGUGUUCCUACUGCGACUACAGGGCUUAUAAUGCUGAGCAGGUGAAGGUAGGUUUAUAUGUGGUAGUGUUGAUGCACUGUCGCGCGAAGCACGGCUACGAGAAAACUGACAAGUGUUCCUACUGCGACUACAGGGCUUCUAAUGCUGAGCAGGUGAAGGUAGGUUUAUAUGUGGUAGUGUUGAUGCACUGUCGCGCGAAGCACGGCUACGAGAAAACUGACAAGUGUUCCUACUGCGACUACAGGGCUUCUAAUGCUGAGCAGGUGAAGGUAGGUUUAUAUGUGGUAGUGUUGAUGCACUGUCGCGCGAAGCACGGCUACGAGAAAACUGACAAGUGUUCCUACUGCGACUACAGGGCUUCUAAUGCUGAGCAGGUGAAGGUAGGUUUAUAUGUGUAG